AUGGUGUAUAUACGUCGCGGUAAACGUGAACCCGUGAAAUGUCGAGCAUUAUUAGAUACAUGCACAACCGCAAAUUUUAUAUCAGAGAGCAUAGUAAGGCAUUUACAUCUUCCGGUCAGAGCACACGCAACGCCGGUCGGUGCAAUCAACGCUAUGGGUACUACUUCCAGGGGCAUAGCGCAAAUUACUAUACAAUCGACGCGUUUAGGCUGGGUCGUAGCCGGGAAUGCAGAGCUGCCUAUUCGGUCAAUUCCAAGAGCAUGUUACUUAACGAGUCUAGGAGCUCAAUUGGAUAAUUUCUGGGCUGUUGAGGAAGUCGCGGUGCAUAAACCGAAAUCAAAGGAGGAAAUCGCUUGCGAAGCGCAUUUUGUUAAAAAUGUCCGGCGCGGCCCUAACGGACGUUACUCGGUUCGUCUUCCGUUUCGUGAAACGAAUAAAUGUCUAGGCGAAUCUCGUGUUAUUGCACGUAAGCGUUUUUUGGCACUGGAGCGAAAGUUACACGCGAAUGCAGUGUUGAAAGAUAGAUAUACUCGAGUAAUAGAGGAAUACAUGAGGCUGAAUUACAUUUCUGUAGUCGAGAAUCCUAUCGAUGAUGGGUAUUAUAUGCCUCACCAUGCUGUGGUUAAGGAGUCAAGCAACACUACUAAGGUGCGGGUUGUUUUUGACGCGUCUGCAAAGACGAGUACUGGCAUAUCUCUGAAUGAAGUGUUAAUGACAGGUCCUUUAAUCCAGGAUAAACUGCUUUUACACUUGAUUCGAUUUCGCGUGUAUAGAUACGUUAUCACGGCGAACAUCGAAAAAAUGUAUCUACAGAUACUCUUGCAUGAAGACGAUCGACGGUAUCAACGAAUUCUUUGGCGAAAGGACGGCGAGAUAAAAACAUUUCAAUUCAACACUCUUACCUUCGGCGUUUCAUCUUCGUCGUUUCUCGCUAUUCGUACUUUACAAAAACUAGCAAAUGAUGAGGGUCAUGUGCAUCCUAGGGCGGCCGAAAUCCUUAAAGCGCAUUUGUACGUGGACGAUUUAUUAACCGGAGAUGACAGCAUUGACGAAACAAGGGCAAUUAGGGAUGAAAUAAUAUCGUUGCUUGCUCUGGGAGGGUUUAGCAUUAAGCAAUGGGCCUCCAACUGA